AUGUCGUACAGUUCUAGUCAUCACAUGCCACACGAUGCUUCUUCAAAUUUAUCACAUACCAAUGCUGGUGCUUAUAGCCGACCUCCGAGAUCCCAAAUUGCGAGACCAGUCAACCACACCUCUAGAAACAGAACCCCGUCAGUAUCAGAUGCCGAAGAUACCGCCCCGUUGCCAGUGCCUUCGGUUACCAAGAGAUCUACCAGUCGUGGAAACCGCCUGUCCAUGCUCCCGCGCCCCAGUAUUGGUAGCACAACAUCUCCAAUCACGCCAGUGUCGGCUUCCUCUCCUCGGAAUUGUACUCAGACGACUCCCUCCUUGCUUUCAAAUCCGGAGAUCAAUAAACCCUCACUUUUCGUUGCUGGACAACAGUUGCCCCCACCAAAACGAACACGGAAUGUUCUUCGAAGGAGGGCACCGACAAUAGGGAAACAUGUGGAGCAAUUGCACUCUGACAAGCUUAGCCUUGUUAUUCCGCAAGAGUCUCAAAAUUUUAUCGUUAUGAACAAUGUGUCGGGACAGGGAAAUUCGACAUCCUCACUUUCAGCACAAUCGGCUUCCUCUUACAAAUCAACCCACGAGAAUGACAUUAAUGCGGCGGUUAACUUGGUGAGGCCUAGAUUCAAUGGACCGGAAGAGCUGGCAAGUCUUCGAACGUCAGUUGAUACACAAACUUACCCAGCACUUCCCACUCCUUUCUUGAUGUCAAGCAGUCCCUCGACAAGAUACUCGGAGUCUCCGAGUAUUUGGAGUCGCGGAUCUACCCCAACAUCAUUAUCAUCGUAUUCUCCCGGUAUCACAAAGAUUGGACGUUUGAGACAACCCAGCCCCUCACAAACAAGAUUGCCUGUUUUUUCUCCUCCGCCGCCACAUGCAGGCUCUCAGCAAGAGAAGCCGGAGCUGAAAACUCAAAAGCGAUUACUUCUUACGAAACCUGCCAGCGCAAGCCCAAUAGAACACAGCAAAGGCCAGCGAGUAUCACCGUCUAAAGGCCCCUCCACAAUACCCCGAGGGCCACCUCACAGCCCGCCACCAAGGAAGUCAUCAGUCAAUUUCAGCCCUCCAAAAGCCAGCGAAAUCGACGUUGAGCAGGCUCGCAGGGAAGUCGAGGAAGCCGAGAGGCGUCUAUUUGAGCCUCUGAAGGCGAUGGAAUGUUCCCCCACACGGAAUGCGACGAUACCACACACUCCACCACGACCCAGCCGAGAUGGAACGCAUCGCUUACAACUUGAAACAUCUCCGAUUGUUCAAAGCAAUCUGCGGUAUAUUAGGACAACGGGCCAUACAAGACGCGAGUCGAUAGAAAAGGUCCUAGCAACACAGCAGCUACAUCCAAGUCCUAGCCAGUCUGCCGCUGCAUCAAUCGACUCCCUGCAAUCAAGAAGCAUCUCUCAAGUCCCUUCUCGGGAUGGUGUCUCUCCGGUCCUGUCCAAAAAGCCACCUCGGACAUUGACCAAGGUGACUUCUCACGAGAAGCCGGAUUCAAAACCAACACAAAAACGGUUCGGUCUGUUUACGAAGAAGUCCAAGCCGGAUAUAUCAGAGAAUCUGACGGAGCAAACUCGAGCCAUUCGAAAAGGUCCAGCCGCGGGAACGGGUCAUGAGGGCUACGGAAAAUACGGACAGCGUGGUCGCAAAGCAAGCGGUAGUAGUAGUAGCGGGACAAGAACCAGAUCAACAAGCACGACACGAAGUGCCGCUAGUAAAGGGAGUCAAUCGAGUCGCCCGGAGUUGGACAUUGACGAUUUUUUAUUGAGCCGCCUGGAGCCUGUCAUUAUCAAUGGCGGUGGACUAGAUGGUGCAUCGCUGUCACGAACACAAAGCGAGCAGAGUUUCAGUAGUGUGAGCAUUGCGUCGACCUCGAACCUGCCGCGGCAAAUUCUGUCAUCAUACUCGACUGGCCAGUCUACUGAAUCCCUUGCGACUUCAACGGGGACAUUCGGUGAGACUAUUACACUGAGUUAUUCUAAUGGCAACGGACCGAUGAGAAGCACAAGCCCCGAAUUGCUAUUUAACGCGAGUGAGCGUCCAAAUGCAUUGAAGUCACGUAUGCCCGUCCCCAAAGGGAAGAGACAUGCCAUGUUUGCAAACCCCCAGGCUGCUGUCACAAACGCAUCUUUUCCUAGCCACGAGCCAAGCACUGCCACCUCACAGCAACAGAAAAGCGUCCAAAAAUCUCCCGAAAAAAUGCUCAAGCCUGAACAGGCUCAGAAGCAGGCUAAGAAAGAAAAGACAUCAAUGUGGAACUUCUUCCAGAAGAAUCGUGGCAACGAACAGAAGAUUUCAAUUCCUCCGACGAGCUCAUCCCAGACUGCGAAGCUUCAUGCGGCGAUUUCCCCGAUUGUGAACAGUCGGCCCAUUGCCCAUUACGCCUUGGUGGAUGCCGAUUCGGACGAGCUCGAUGAUAUCAUCAAUAACAUCGAAGAUUCACCACCAACAGAGGAGGAUACGAUUUUCCAUCCGGUGGAAAUUCCAAGAGGAUUGAGCAUCAGAAAAAGAAAGCCGUCGAUCCUGCUGCCAUCUCCGCCAAAGAUGCAUGGCGAGUUUGAAAAUGAUGAUCGUCCGUCGCCGAGGACCGCCAUGUUCAACCGCAACCUGAUGGCACCGGAAACUGAGAUAUCACCCGAGCGACGUCCAAGACGUUUGGCAUCUAUCGGUCGGAUUCCACCAGUAGUUUCACGGCGCGAUAGACACCACCAGCCCGCCAUGCAGUCUUUCUCUCGUCCAUUCAGUGUUGUUGAAUCUCCCUCUCUCACAAUUUCAACGACACAAAGCUCAUACGAAUCUCCACCUAUCGCUGAAGUUCCCUUGAAUCUGGGAAUUGCUCCGAACGAGUCCUUUGACUGGGGCUAUGGGUUCAACUCGACUUUUAGCGCUUCCGAGCAGACCAGUGCUUUGGAGUUUCUUGCUGGGCCUUUUACAACCUAUGAGUUCCUUCAAUUUGCGCCAAAGAAAGGCUCAACCUCAUCAGAUAGCUCUGGGGCUCUGGCUGCGGUUACAGCCGUAGCCCCCGUUCCAGGUUCUCCACCGACCGAGGAUGAGGUGUGGAAUGAGUAUAAUGACCUUAUUGAUCAUGUUUUGUCGCCAGACAAACCCAAGCCUGAGCAGCCGACAAAGACUGAAGAGGAGGGCAGAUUUGAACUUGCCACAAUGGCGAGCAGGGCUCUGCAGGACGAGUUAAACAAUGCUAAUCCUCCCCAGCCAGGACCUGGCGGCAGUUCAGUCCGCUCGAGUGGAAGCUCUGUUCAUCUUCGUCGUUCUCAGAUAGUCUCUGCUUUGCAGUCGUCUACCGCUCCUUCAUCUCAACCGUCUUACAGUGAUCUUGUUGCUGGAUAUAGAGGGUCAGAUAAGGAGAAAUCCAAACAGAAGCAGACCGCCAAUCCUACUGAGCAGCCUUCUUCAAAAGAUCAGCGACGUGAACAGCAGUCUACGUUUCUCAACUCCCUUGCUGCUGUCCCUUCGCCUAGGCCAAAGUUUUACCGAGAACAAGAAACCUCAUCUUCGGAACGUGAGUGGGACGCAGUGACACGGACUAACAUGCGUUCUGCUUCGCUCAUGACUAGUCGCUGGUUGUCUUUUGGCCGAGUCCUUUUCAGCCCAGCGCAUAAUCACGUCAAACCCGGAGGACAAGGACGGAUUCUUGUGGUCGAUGGACUGGGAAAUGAUGACUGGUCUUUCUACUGUUCUCUCACGUAUCCUGAUGCAGAGGUAUAUAGCCUGGGCGGACGUCCUGUAUCCACGGCACCUCCCCACCCCGCUGCAUGGCAGCCUCCUACCAACCAUCACACGGUGUAUCACGCAGGGCUGGGAAACCCUCUUCCCUUCCCAAAGGACUAUUUCACAGUCGUCGUGCUCCGGUUUCCUACUGUCUGCUCCGAGACCGUCCAAGGCAACAUAAUUCAAGAAUGCAAACGUGUUCUCCGCACUGGAGGGUAUCUCGAAAUGAGUCUCCUUGACCGCGACAUGGUUAACAUGGGACCUCACACGCGAAAAGCCAUUCGUCAACUCAAAGAAAUAACGUGUCUCUCAGACCCGACUCUCAGCCUAAAACCAACAAGCGACAGCGUUCAGCGUGAGCUCGGCGCCCAAGGCUUCGACAGUCUCCGCCGCUGCAUGGUUCGGAUUCCAGUCGCAGGCAUGGUCGUCCGGUCAUCCGACUCUAGCUCAUCAGCACACUCUAUCUCAACGGCUACCCCUUCCACUGCAUUCUCAUUGCCUACCAUAUCUGUGACAACUGCAAGUGGUAGCCAAAGCACGGAAACUGCUUCGAAAUCACCAUCAAAUGAUGCGAAUAUCUCUCUCGGUGAUUUGCUCUCCGAUCCUUCCCCAUCGCCGGCAAAUGAUGAGUCUAUCGCUAAGAUUGUGGCCCGCGUCGGACGCUGGUGGUAUUCGAAAUGUUACGAGGAUCCGGUUUUCUCGAAUGGAAAUACCCAGGAUCCGAGCAUUUGGAAUAACCGCAAGGUACUUCGCGAAUGCCAAAAGCGUGGCACCGGGUUCCGCAUGUUCAUUGCAUACGCUCAGAAGCCCAGUGAGGUUCCACGACGCACGGCAAGUGUGUAA